AAGAUGGCCUAGGCUAUAAGAAGGUUGCCAAGACCCUGAAACUGAGCUGCAGCAUGGUGGCCAAGACCAUAGAGCGGUUCAACAGGGCAGGUUUCACUCAGAACAGGCCUUGCCAUGGGUGACCAAAGAAGUAGAGUGCACAUGCUCAGCUUCAUAUCCAGAGGUUGUCUUUGGGAAAUAGACAUAUGAGUGCUGCCAGCAUUGCUGCAGAGGUUAAAGGGGUGGGGUGUCAGCCUGUCAGUGCUCAGACCAUACGCCACAAAUUGUAUCAAAUUGUUCUGCAUAGCUUUCGUCCCAGAAGAAAUCUCAGUUUGCUGAAGACAAGCAGACUAAGGACAGGGAUUACUGGAACCAUGUCCUGUGGUCUGAAGAAACCAAGAUAAAUGUAUUUGUUCAGAUGAUGUCAAGCGUGUGUACCAGCAACCAGGUGAGGAGAACAAAGACAAGUGUGUCUUGCCUACAGUUAAGCAUGGCGGUGGGAGUGUCAUGGUCUGGGGCUGCAUGAGUGCUGCCGGGGAGCUACAGUUCAUUGAAUGAACCAUGAAUGCCAAUAUGUACUUAAAUGACAUACUGAUCCCCUCCCUUCAAAGACUGGGCUGCAGGGCAGUAUUCCAACAUGAUAACAACCCCAAGACCACCAAUGUCUUGCUAAAGAAGCUGAGGGUAAAGGUGAUGGACUGGCCAAGCAUGUCUCCAGACCUAAACCCUAUUGAGCAUCUGUGGAGCAUCCUCAAACAGAAGGUGGAGGAGUGCAAGGUCUCUAACAUCCACCAGCUCCACUGGCAACCUGUGAAGUUCUGGUGCCCAAGAGGGUUAAGGCAGUGCUGGAAAAUAAUAGUAAGGGGUGACACUACCACUGAGAAGUUCUUACAAAAGCAUUUGUAGUAUCCUGUCAUGCCUAAGAAACGCCAGAGCUCUCAUCUGGUUGUAGGAACUGGAUAAGCCAACACUGCAGCCAUCUUGGCCUCCACUGACUUGACCUGCACCUGUCCUACCGGUUUCUCUAUCUGGUACACUGUGUCAAAUACCUCACCUGUCUCAUCUGUUGCUGCACCUGUAUGGGAAGACCACUUUUGCAUAAGCACUCCGUUUUCCACAAGAAAACAUUGACCUUUCUUACACCCACUUGGGUCGGCACAAACUGCGGCUAAACACUUUUCCAGUGAGGGGUCACUUUUCUGUGCACCAAUGAGCCCUUCACGUGUCAACGGCAGUGGCAGAGUCUCUGGCACUUUUUCACACACUUCUGUCGACUCUCCACCAGCCAUCCUGUCCUCAGAAAAAAAGUGAACAUGGAGUCAGACAACAUUACUUCCUGAUCUUGUUUCCGAGCUCUAGUCAACAUGCUGACCGAGAACAUUUAUGGGUGUUUUUGAACCAGCUCAUCUGGUUCACUCUCAGAAAUGGGUACAUUGACCACUUCAGGGUCAGGGUACACUUUACCAACCAGAAACCAGCUUAGAUUAGACGUGGAUGCGAUGAAGUGGGGCUGGCACACAACACAUACCGAUACCUCGGACAACUGUACUGACAUCACAGGCUGACUCAGCAUCUAAAGGCAAGAUACUAGAAAGGAUGAAAGACCGCAAACCACCAGCGUCACGUAGUAUGGUGACCUGACUCUAAUCUUCAACCUGCCCUGUGAGUGAUGCAGAACCAGGAAGGAUGAACGGCUUAAAAAAUUCUCUCAUGCUCUCUGUUUUUUUGUUAAACAAUCUGCUAUGAGGUGACCAGGUUUAUGGCAGAAAAAAACACAGCCUGUCUGCCUUAGCACCCAAAGUAGAGUUAGCUAAACCAACUCGGGGUUCCUGUCUGUCACUAGACUUCUUGUUAGCCCUAAGAUGUGGUGAAGAGACAAAGGAUGAGAUUGGCUUACUGAAGACACCCUUAUGCGUUAAAGUAAACUUGUCAGCUAGCAUAGCUGGUUGCUGUAGGGUAGCCACUUUCUGUUCAUUCAAGUAAACGACAAUCCUUUCAUGCACACGGUUCUUAAACUCUUCCAACAACAUCAACUCAUCUAAGGAGGGAAAAUCAUCAGCUUUACAAUCCGCACACCAACGAUCAAGUUACGUUUUCCCUAGCAAAGUCAGCGUACGUCUGGCCAGCAGCUUUACAGAGGCCCCUAAACCGUUGUCGAUAUGCCUCAGGCACUAGUUCAUAGACCCGCAAUACUGCGCGCUCAGCUGUAUCAAAACACAUAUUGUCUUCCACUGAAAGUGCAGCACAAGCUUCCUGAGCCUUGCCAGUCAACUUACAUUGUAGCAAAAUGGCCCAAACGUCCUUUGGCCAUUGCAGAGCUACUGUUUACUGUUUGUCACGUUCCUCCAGAUGGUAAGUCCAGGGGAGGAGGAGCAACAAUGUUUAUAACAAUACUGGGGCAUUAGAGGACGGGAAGUCAUAGUCAUGUUCAAACCAAAAGAUGAUAUUUAUUACAAUACCGAUAAGAAGGGUGAUCUCCCUCUUUCCAUCUUUUAGAAAAGCAUCUCAAAAAAUUUGAAUACCGUGGAAAAGUUCAUUGUGAGUACCAGAACCAGACUGAGAGAUUAAAGGCUUCGGAACCUUUGCAGGUGUUUUGAUUUAAUUAGCUGAUUAGAGAGCUCUUCACCAUCUUUCAUUUUUUACUUUCUACUAACACAUAUGCAAAAUGUUAACCUAUAAAUACAAUCGUAAUAUUUUCUUUUACAGCUGUUAACUAUAACAUAUUGUUGAGUUUAGAUCACACUAUUUGCAAUUAACAUAGGAAACUGAUUUUAAGUAUAAUUAGUCUGAUCAAUUUUAGUAGUAGUGUUGUUCAGCUGUUGGAGCUGAAGAACCUUGCUGGAAGCUGGGGCUGUUAUCUCCUGUAGAGCUGGACACAGCAAAUCACAUCUGGAGGGUUCUGCAAUCAACUUCUCUGGCACCUGUAAAGAAAACAAAUGGUAGACAGUUAAGCAGCUUCUCCCAAAGUGCCAUAAAGCUACGGAACCCUGAGAUCACCUCAGCAAGAAAACCUCUCUGGCAUGUAACUAUAAUCAGGGGUGGAAAUGUGAAAUAAACUGUUACUAAUAUGUGCAAUGGUUUGCUGCGGGACACUGGGCAAUAAUAAUUCAUGCUGCUAGACUUCUGUUGACUGCUCAAGUCAGAUCUUAUUCAACAUUUAUUAUAAGAAUCUGUACUACCUUGUUAGGCAAAUUCUAAUCCACCAAACAAACUCUGACACACCUAAUUUCUCACCUUAACUAAACUAACUAUUAAACUCAGGAGCACUGCACUAGUUAAAGCCCAGCUACUGUACCUGUCUGCAGGCAUAACGCUCAUUAUAUGCUGACAAAAAGGCGGAUGCAAAUCUCUGCAGGUAGCCUACAACAUCUGUUCUGCCGAAGUAUGCAUCCACCUCUUAAGCUCCCUUUCAGAAACGCUGCUCAUCAAACGCAGUUAUCACCUCAGAUUGUUGAUUGCUGAAUCACAAGGAAUACUACAUCUACUAAGUGCAAUAACUUAAUGAUUACUCUAAACGUCCUUCAAUAUGAACUUCAAAUCAAUAAUCCCCACUGAUGAACCCCACAAAGAACAGUAUAACGCUAUCGUUUUUAUAGUACACUUGGACGUGCAUGGCUCUCCUCAGCAGGGCAGGCAGAACUAACAUUGCCUGUUUGUAAAGUUUACCGUUAACAUAACGUCAACUAACAGAGCCUUUACUUUACAACUAAACAUGUUUUAUUCUGCUGUAAAGUUUCAGAUUCAAUGGAGAUUGACUCCCUUUUGCAGCCAGCCUAAAGAGGCCACUCGAUGAACUGCAGUUUAAGUUACUUCCUGACUGGUAUCGUAAGUGAGAGCAGGAGGUUGCCGCUUGGUCAUAACAUGCAGCAUGACAAAAAAUGUGGUGUUUUUUGAAAAUUAAACGGAUGUGGGGCUUCCAUGGGUCUCAGGUCUGUGUGCCAACAUUUCAAGAUUCAGGUACAUUGUAAUCACAGUGGUAGAAAAUAUUUUAGAAAAUCAGAAGCCUAUGCAAAGACAUAUUCUAUGAAAUGACAGUUACUUUUAGACAUUUGGUUCACACAAGAUAAUAAAGAUAAAACGUAUUUUCUGCCAUAAAGGGGUCCAGACGAGUUUCUGUUGCAUCAUGUGUUAAAUGUAAAGAAGAGGGCGGCAGAGGCUGACAUUUCAAUAAUUUAACUAUCCAUAAUUGAAUUGCCAAUGAGAACUAUUUGGUUAUCUUGAUGUGAACCACCAGGACCACAGCAGAACAACAGGAACGCUCAGUAAGAAGAGUAAAAAAAAAACAGUUAUAUAAGACACGUGCACCAAAGGAAACACCAACACCACAUCAUAGAGUCAGUUUAAGUAUGGUUACUUAAGCCAUCUGCUUUCAUUUUAUGAAGCCGUUUCUGUGUUCCUCUAUUUGGAAUUUGCUUUAUCUGACUUCAGAUUUAAAGACCUGAGAAUUAAUAUUUUUAUAUUUCUGUUAUUUUAUAUUCUUGGAUUUCCUAGUUUUGUCACUUAUUUUUUUAUAAAAGUACCACCCCUAGUGUUUGCUUGGUACAGCAUUAAGAUUACUGUAUAGUAGAUAGAAACAACAUGAAGCCUCAUGGGAUAAUAUGAGACAUUCUUUGACUUAAGAAGCAGCCAAUCAGGUGAGGCUGAAGAUGAACCAAUCAGAUACCUGACACGCUGUCGCAACAGUUGGUCCUGCAUGGUGAAUCUGUUAAGACUGCUGUCACUUGAGCAAGUCAGACCUGCUGUGUAGAGGAUGGGGAUAGAAGCAGAGAAGGUGAUGGUGUGUCUUCUGAUUAUUUCCCUGCUCUGGUCUGUGUGUGAAGUACGGUCAAGUGACAUCUAUCAGGCUGCUCUUUUCCAAGCAGUGGAGCUAGGACGCUCAGUUACUAUUACAUGUCACAUCAAUAUUGCUGGAAGAAUUAGGGUAUGGUACAAACUAAACACAGGGGGGAGACUACAGCUGGUGGCUUCAACAGAUACUUUAUAUAAUCUGACAACAUUUAAUGAGCAAUCAAAUCAUCAUUCAGUGACAUCCCACAGCAUUAGCAGCCACCUGACCAUAUCUACAACAAUGUGGAGAGACACUGGCACAUACUACUGUGGAGUGAUGAACUUAAACGAAAUUCAGUUUGGACAAGGAACAUAUUUGAUGAUAAAAGGUGCAAAGAUGAUCAGCGACUCUGUCGUCCAGCAGCCAGAGUCUCAGUCAGUCCAGCCAGGAGACUCUGUGACUCUCAGCUGUUCUGUUCUCACUGGCCACUGUGCAGCAGAACACGUUAGUGUCAUGUGGCUGAAAACCUCAGAUCAUUCUGCUCCAGAAAUGAUUUACUCCUCUGGAAAUAAGAACGACAUCUGCCAGAGGACUGAGAGCGGAGAAACUACCUGUGUGUCCAACCUUCUCAUGAGGAACCUCAGCUCUGAUGAUGCUGGAGCCUACUGCUGUGUUGUGACUUUGUGUGGACAGAUACUGUUUGGAAAUGGGACCAGGAUUAAUAUUCACAACGUUGCCUUCACCAAAUCAGAUGAUCUGAGUCCAACUGUUAUUGCGCUGAUGCUGUCAAACACUGUUGUUGGGAUGGUGACACUUCUGCUUGUAUGGACACUUUGUAAGAACCACAAGGAAGAUCCCACAACAGCAUUCAGAUCUAGUGGUUGGUCUCUUGAAGACAGUCAGACCGCAGUUGUCUAUGCAGCAGUGUGUUCAGAACCCAGACGCUCCUCCUGCAGACCAGCUUCACUAAAAUACAAUCAAGACACAGUAGUUUAUUCAUGAAAAGGGAGACACGCUCAUCAAGCGAACUCAUCAGAGGAUGAUUUUUUAAGGAUUGCUCCGAAAAAGGAAUUUUUCCUUGAAGAUCUGCAUCUAGUUCUACAGAGCCACCAUCAAGAGUCUCCUCACCUCCUCUAUCACUGUGUGGUACCCCACAUCCAAACAAAGACUGGUGGAGAAUACUUAAUCACCAUAAAAAUGAUAUUUCUAUAGUCCAACAAUCAAGUGCUUCUGUGUUCUUAGGUUGCCAUCCUUAAUAGAUGCACCUGUUGCAUUGACAUUUCACCGACACACCAUUCACCAUCACAGAAAAUAGGCCUGUCAGUCUUCUUGUGGUCAGCAGUAAAAUACGAUAACCUUUGCCGUUGUGCUCUCUUUGUGUUUGUAAGUGGUUUCACGCAGGAUGUCCUCAUUAUGUCGCAAUUCUGUUGCAAGACUUUCAGUGGAUCACAGGAACCUUUUUUUCAAACUACAUGUGAAGAAGCAGAAGUUCACUGAUGUUCCAUAACACAGUUUACCAGCUUCUUUGUUUUUAACUGCAUACAGCUUGUGAGCAAACAUCGCAGAUGUUAUGUAGCGCUGUGGUUGGUAAAACCGGAACAAAAUUUAUGGCUUGAUUAAACAAUAGAUUCAACGUGA